AUGGACUGCAACCUCUCUACACAACAACAACAACAACAACAACAACAACAACAACAACAACAACUGCAGCAAUUCCAACAGUCUCAAAUUCAUCAACAGCAGGCUUAUUCUUCUCGCUCUCAGUCGUCUCAGUCCAAUCUUCAGCAGCAACAGUAUGGAGGCCAAGGACAAGGCCAGCUUCAUCAACAACAGGUGCAAGUAGACCAACAGCCACAGCAAGAACAGCAAGAACAGGAACAGCAGGAACAACAGCAAGAAUCCCAAGAACGGACCCCAGAUGAACCAUCUGAGGAGAGACCUGCCAAGAAGAAGAGAAUCUCUCGUGCUUGUGAUGCUUGCCAUGGCCGCCGUCAAAAGUGCCAGGGCUUCCGGCCAUGCGCAAACUGCAUCAAGAAGGGCAUAGACUGCACCUACAACAAUCCCUACUACAGAGGCCGCGCAAGGACUCCUCCUCCACCUCCCGAUGAUCCCAGCACCCGUAACUUUGCCCGCAGUACUGACAUCCGCGGAAAGGAGAUACGCGAGCGAAGCUGGGUCAAGCGAGCCUGCGAUAUAUGCCGUGAUGGACGCCAUCCCUGUUCAGGCACUCUACCGUGCGAUACAUGCUUCACCAUGAGGCAGGAGUGCACCUACAAGAAACGCAAUAGCCGUAACCGCUACGAGGAUCUGCCCAACCCGGCGCUGAGAGGUCCCUAUUCAAAGCAGUGGCCGGCGCCUGUCCAAGGGCCGGUUGCGGUUGAUGACGACGGCCGGGAGAGCGCAGGGGGUGAUGCCGAGGGACAGGCCAUGAGAGACGACAUUGCUCGCUACGGCGGCCCUGGACAAGACUACAUGAGCCUCAAAAUGGAUCACCGCUACGGGAAUGAGGACAACCCGCCUCUUGUCUUUCUUCAUGCGGCUUGGAAAAAGAUUGCCGAGGUCCAGCGGGAUAAUGAGCUUCCUGUCGACCAGCCUUGGGACCGUUCGGAAACCCCUCAAUUCUCCUACGUUCGAGAGAGGUGGUACCAACAGCAGGACCACUUCUUCAAAAGCUGGAACGGUACCUUCCAUUUCCUCCAUCGUCAUACUGUACGGAGGCCAUGCCCGUGCCGCCAUUGCACUCAUGACCAUGGCUCUUGGCGCCCUCUUCAAGGACGCCCCAAGGACGUGGGUGCGCAUCAACAAAAAACCGGCCAGGCCAUGAAGACCAGGAAAAAGCCUCUCCCAGACGAGUACAUCUGGUCCUCCAAGCACGGCGAUGCGUUGCUGAAUAUGGCUGUGAGUCUCACAGAUGCCGAGACUGGCGAGCCGAGAUUAGAUUCUGUUCAGGCUCGUCUCUUGCAGGACAUGUACCUCUUGAGCACGUGUCGCUACAACAAAGCUUGGUAUACUUUUGGCAAUACCCUUCAGAUGAUUACGGGCCUCGGCCUUCAUCGCCGUCUAGGUAGGAACCGUGGGCUCGGUCGCGAUAUCAAGGAAAGACCGGACUAUGCAAAGAUCCAAUGUGAGAGGCGGACAUUCUGGACGGCUUACAUCAUUGAUAAGCAACUUAGCAUGGUCCUUGGGCGGCCCAGUCAUUUCCGUGACGACUUCAUCGACCAAGAGCUACCUGAUGCCGUCAACGACGAAGACAUGGGACCCACCGGCCCUGUCCGACCACACAAGGGGGAUUGCUACAUGGAAGCACUGCUCUCGCAUGCCAAGUUGAACAGGCUCAUCGACAAACUCCUCCACCAAGUAUACGCCCUUCGAGAGAUUCCCGACCAGCAAAGGAUCGAUAGUGCUCUAAGCAUCGGCAAAGAGGUUCAGAAGUGGAGCGACGAGUUGCCAUAUCUCCUCAGGAAUGUCAAGUCAACCUUACUCCUACCCCUUUUCCAGAGGCAGAUGAUUCUCAUCAGGAUAGCACACUGUCACGCCACCAUGCUUGCCUACCGCCCCUUUAUCACCGUGCCCUAUCCCCAAUCAGGUGAGCAGAAGGAGGCCGCCGAUAACGCCAUUCGCGAGUGUGUCGACUCAGCCCGAAUCGCCCUCAGUGUCGUCACCGGGCUUGGUCGCACAGAGGAUAGUGCGCAGUUUACCACGCUUUGGUAUCCUCACCAAGUCGCCUACUGUGCCGCCGUCAUCUUGGCCAUCCUCCCGCACAUUCGCGAACGACAGAAGUUGUUUGGCGGUCCUCACUACCGCGGCCAUGGCGUGAUGGACGGCAAGCUGCACAGGCUGUUGAAUAGAGGCAUCAAUAUGUUGGCGAACAGUACCAGUCCCUUUUCACCCGCGCAUAGGUGGGCUACUAUCCUGGAGGAACUGAAAAAGGAGGUGACGCAAACUGCAAAUGAGGACGGCACCCCAGCAGAUGGGCAUGAGAAUGGGGAAGAUGGGGAGAAUGAAGAAGAGGAGGCUGAGAAUGAAGCUGAGGAGGCUAGUGGUCCAUCACCGAACGAUCAGUUGCUGGAGGAUGCCCUUCGCGCUCAUUGGAUGGCAGAAAUGACUGGAGAGGUGCAUGGCCAGGCAGAUGGCCAGGAGGGAGAGGCCGCUACACCUGGUUUUACAAGGAGGCUUUGGGAUAACUGGUCGUUUACGGACUGGGUGGACAUGGACUCUGCAGCAUUUGGACCCAUUGCCGACUUUACUGAAGAUCCGGUUCCAGCUCCAGUACCCGUUGUCGCUCCUGUUGUUGCUCCCGACGCCGCUCCAGCUCCAUCUACUACUCCGACUCCUGUUACAGCUCCCGCUCCGGCGCCAGCGCCGGUUCAUGCUCAAGUGUCUGCAAUUUUCGCACCUGUUUGA